GUGCUCAUCAAUUCCACGCAGCAUGAAGAGUGAACGGCGUCUGAAACCCACUGGCUCUGUCUCAAGAUUGCCGACAAUAUGGGAAAUGGCCCUAUUUUGGAAGGGGCACAGAGUUCACCCACCAAUUGCAUACCUGCAUACGCCCCAACCUUACUGGGGGGUAGGACAGGGAGUGACACCUCCCACUCCGAACCGAAUCGGAAGGACAUCUUAACGGGAUUUUCUAUGAUACUGCAAUACCUCCGCGCGGCUUGUUCUGCUGCCUUUUGCGAUUAACUCGUCAUUCGUUCUCUCGUCACUCGCAUUCGAUUAACUCCGCCCAAACCGGCGACAACGACGACAAGAUGCUGGGAGGAAGGCGCAGGUUUAUUUCUCCAAUCUGCUUGGGAUUCUUCAUUCUCUUCUUGGGCUAUAACUUCUCGUUUCGGGAGACUCCAUCAAACUUCUGGCCAACGACAAAACAUGGCCAAGAGAUCGACUCCAAAGUGCUCAAUGAUGAGGCGUACUUCUGGCGACAGGUAUCUACCCACUACCCAGUACGGUCUAUACGACCAUUGCCGACAGGCAAACCGGUGAACCUGCCAAAAAUUCAGAUUGAUUUUCCCCUGGAGACAACGGGAGAGCGUCAACUCCGAUUGAGGAGGCAAGCUUCCGUCAGGGCAGCCUUCCGACGUUGUUGGAGCGCUUAUAAAAAUAAUGCCUGGCUUCAGGAUGAAGUGACACCAGUGAGCGGUUCUUCCAGAAAUCCCUUUGGAGGAUGGGGAGCGACCUUGGUAGAUAGUCUGGAUACUCUGUGGAUUAUGGGCUUCAAGCAAGAAUUUGAGGAAGCUGUGACAGCUGCAGCCACCAUCAGUUUCAAUUCGAGCUCGCUGGUUGAGAUCAACGCCUUUGAGACAACGAUUCGCUAUCUCGGAGGCUUCCUUUCAGCAUACGACCUGAGCGGAGACCUGCGGCUUUUACAGAAAGCCAGAGAGGUGGGAGACAUGCUGUAUGUGGCAUUUGACACGCCCAAUCAUAUGCCCAUCACUCGCUGGGAACUAAGUCGUGCCAUCUCAGGAGAGAAACAGACGGCUCCAGAAUGGGCUCUCGUGGCUGAGAUUGGUUCUCUCUGUGUAGAGUUCACAAGGCUGUCCCUGAUUACUGGGAACCCUAAGUGGUUCGAUGCUACCGAAAGGAUUACGCUGGCUUUGCAGCGACAGCAAAUGAAAACCCGGCUCCCUGGAUUGUGGCCGAUUGGUGUAAACCCUCGCGACAUGAAGUUCACCGAAGACAACACCUUCAGUUUAGGUGCAAUGGCCGACUCGGUUUUCGAGUAUCUCCCAAAAAUGGUGGCUUUGACUGGAGGACUGUUGCCUCACUAUGGGGACAUGUACAAGGAGGCAAUGAAGACUGCCAUCAAGUUCAACAUGUUCAGACCGAUGGUCCCUGACUCCGCAGACAUUUUGCUUUCGGGUAUCGUUCGCACUUCAAAGGAGAACGGCAAAAUAAAACCUACACUCGAAUGUCAAGGUCAGCAUCUUGUCUGUUUUGCAGGCGGAAUGCUUGCAGUCGGCGGGAAACUGCUCGAUAUCCCCGAGCAUUUGUCGACCGCACGGAAGCUUGUCGAUGGUUGUAUAUGGACCAACAAGAACAUGCCUUUGGGCAUUAUGCCAGAAGUAUUUUGGAUGGCUCCGUGUGACUCGGACACAGACUGUCCAUGGGAUGAGACGAAGUGGAAGCAGGCCAUCCUAGAGAGAGCUGGUGCGGAUAAGGACGAUUUAGAGACUGCGUCACAGAUUAUCAAGGAGCGUAGGUUACCACAGGGUUUCGUCGAUAUACCUGAUAAACGUUACAUACUUCGUCCGGAAGCGAUAGAAAGCAUCUUCAUUAUGUAUCGGACGACUGGCGACCCGAAAUUACUGCAAGCCGCCGCGGAUAUGUUCGACGCUGUACAGACCAACACCAAGACGGACAUUGCAAACUCGGCAAUUGCGGACAUCACGGUCACAAGUCCCAUAGAUGUUCAGCAGACGGAUUCCAUGGAGAGCUUUUGGAUGGGUGAGACGCUGAAAUAUUUCUAUCUGAUAUUCAGUGAGCCAGAUCUCAUAUCGUUAGAUGAAUGGGUGUUCAACACCGAAGCGCACCCCCUUCGGCGGCUGGUUUAGUGAAGGCGCCACAAUGUUCACGUAUUCUAGCACGCCAGGUGCAUGGUGAGCGGAAAGGGAGCUCGGCUGGCUGCUGGCUGCUGGCGUGCCCACUA